AAUGCAAGGCGCAACACCUUCCCCGUACACAGGGCCAUCUUAUGACCACACCUCUGGAGGCGGCCACUACGUUUAUAUUGAAGGCAAUCUUGCUGACACAGGAGAUGUAGCUCAACUGGUCAGUCCUGAAUGCACGGCUACGGGGCCUCAUUGCUUCCGAUUCUGGUAUCACAUGUAUGGAGUUGCUCGCACCAUGGCCCUGAAUGUGUAUCUGGUUGAAAAUUCAACUCCAGUACUGAUGUGGACAGAAACAGGCAACAAAGGAGACAGGUGGAAUUCAGCAGAGGUUGAACUGAACAUCUCAGGAAGAUUUAAGAUUAUCUUAGAAGGAGUGAGGGGCAAUGAUUAUCGAUCUGAUGUUGCUGUGGAUGAUGUGUCCAUUGAAUUCAGAUCCUGCUCAGGUACUCCGACAGUCACGCCCCCCACACCCUCACCAUCAACCACAACUACAACAGCAACAACCGUCACAACAAUAGGAUCCACGACUUCCGUGGAAACAGGUAAGGAUUAG